UUACACAGUUGCAAAGUAGCUUUCUCUGCUGAACGCCUUUGUCUCACUUCAAUAUAUUGCACCAGUUCAACAGAGCAGUUAAAAAAAACAGACCACUUAAAUAUACAUUUGGAUAUACAAUGAGUCCAGUGUGCUCAGCCAUAUAUUGAAACUGAAACUAUACAAUGUAAACAGAGCAAUGACAUAAGGUCACUAAUGGUUAGGUGCACUCAGUCAAUUAUUGAGGAAGUAUACAAUAUAAACAAUCAGAUAUAAUUUUCGGAAGUUUCUGAAAAACUGAUUUAAAGACAUGAUUCUGGAAGUAACUAGUAUAAUAAGUUAACAUAAUAGAGUGACUUGAGUAAGGUUAGGAAAAACUGUGAAGUUAAGAAAAUGCCAUCAGUACUGGUUGGAGCUUCGCAAUGUAACCAGCGAAUGUGGCAAGCGUUAAAGAUUCACAUCAUGCGAGAACGACAACGUAAAAAACAAGAAGCUGAUGAAGAAGAAGAACGUUUGCGUAAAGAAAGGGAACGCCAACAGAAACAAGAUGUAAUGACAUUUGGUGAGACACAAGAACAGAUCAAUAAUUUGCACGGUGAAAUCUCAGAGUUGGAAAUGGAGAAGCAUGAUUUGUUUACAGAACUGAAGAGAGUUUUGCAUGAAGAAGGAACUAGAAAACAAUUUGCAAAAGAGAACAAUAUAUACUCAGAAGUAUCGACUGUAGGAAUAUAUUCGACAGUGAAUACUAAAGUAACACAUCCUCAACUAUUACCAACAACACGAAAUAUUGGUUCUCUACAUGAAUCUAGUGUUGUUGAACAACAAAUAUUAACAACUGGAUCUACUAAGGAAACAUUUAUGCCACGAAAUAUACCUCUACGUGGAAAUAUAUUUCCCACAUCAGUAUGUAAAGCACCAUCAUCUAUUCCAAUUAAGAAUCCUCUAUCAUUUUCUAUUGAGAAUUCGAUCGGUCCGAGUAAAAAAAAUUACGAUUAUUCCUCAAUUAUGUUGCAACCAUCCAGAGAGACUCCAGAACAGUCUAAACCAACUUAUCCUACAGUAGCUAAAGUCUCAUCAUUAACAACAAAUCCUGCGUACAUAGCCUAUAAACAUUCGAUGGAGCAACAAACCUCUUUGACAGCAUUUAAGAUGCCUCUAAGCAUGAAUGAGGGCCAUUCUGUUAUAUCGAAUAGAAGUAACAUUCUUCGGGACGCUCUGGCUCACCAUCCACCUCAGAGUAUCAAGGCGAAAGAAGCUACUGGUUAUCAUGUAGGAGCACCUGCUGUAACAUAUGACGAUACGUCCAAUAUCACACUUAAUAGGUUGUUGGAUAAUUCAUCUUUUAUGUUACCUAUGUCUUAUGGUAGAUUUAAUUCUUUAUAAUGAAAAAAUUGGAAUUUAUAACAAUUUAUAGUAAAAAUUUAUAAUAAUUUUUUUUA